AUGAGAACAGAGCCACGCAAACGCAAGAGUGAGCCCUUGAUUGUCCUUGGAAAUUCUGGGUUCCCUAACUUGCUUCUCAUCCUAGCCUUCUCAGUUGCCUCUGGCUUCAUAGCAGAGAAGAACCUCACCUUGGUGACCAAAUUCCUCCUCAUGGCAUUCAUUGACUGUCCUGAAUGGGCACUACCUCUCUUCCUCCUGUUUCUAUUUAUCUAUCUCAUCACCCUGUUGGGGAACUUUGGCAUAAUUAUCCUGAUCCGCGUGGAUCUGCAACUCCACACCCCCAUGUACUUCCUUCUGAGUCACCUCUCAUUCAUGGACAUCUGCUACUCGUUCGUCACUGUGCCUCUGAUGCUGGCUGUGUUGCUGGAGCACAGGGCCGCUUUAUCCUACACACUCUGUGCUGCCCAGUUCUUUCUCUUCACCUUCUUUGGCUCCACUGACUGCUACCUCCUGGCCCUCAUGGCCUAUGGCCGCUACAUGGCCAUGUGCCAACCCCUGCUUUAUGUCACUAUCAUGAGGAGGAAGGCCCGGUUGGGUUUUGUGUGUGUGUGUGUUGGGAGGGCUUACGUUGCUGGUGUCUUCAGCGUCUUGGUGUGGAAGGUCUCAGCUUUCACGCUCUCCUUUUGUGGAACCAAUGAGAUUGACUUCAUUUUAUGUGACCUCCCUCCUCUCUUAAAGAUAACCUGUGGGGACAGCUACACUCAGGAAGUGGUAAUUAUUGUGUUUGCCAUUUCUGUCAUCCCUGCCUGCAUGGUGGUGAUUUUGGUGUCCUACCUGCUCAUCAUCUUGGCUAUUAUGAGGAUUCCCUCUGCAGGAGGCCAGGCCAAGACUUUCUGGACGUGUGCCCCUCACCUCACUGCAGUGUCACUCUUCUUUGGGACCCUCAUCUUCAUGUAUCUGAGAGAUAACUCUGGCCAGUCCUCGGAGGAGGACCGGGUGGUGUCUGUGUUUUACAUAACAGUGAUCCCCACGUUGAACCCUCUCAUCUAUAGCCUGAGGAACAAGGAAGUGAAGGAGGCUCUGAGGAAAAUUCUCAACAGAGCCAGGUUGUCUUAG